ACACACACACACACAGAAAGCGGCAUCUCCAUCAUCGCCAGACGCCAGCGAUCACCGACGCUUCCUGAGGGAUGGUCCAGUGCUGAUGGCGCACCCUGAGCUGUUUGUGACGAGAGCGCCCCCUGUGGAGGGGAGUGCCGUGGAGCUCAGUGCUCUGGGCUUCCUGGGUUCAUUCGGGGAAGAAAACAACACGGCAGAGAGAUGCUACCACGCCCACUCCCGCAGCAGCGUCCUCCAGGGCCUGCCAUUUGGAGGCGUGCCCACGGUUCUCGCCAUCAACGUGGUGCUCUGGAUGUUCCUGCUGCUCAUCUUCUCCUGUCUGAGGAAGGCUGCGUGGGACUACGGCCGCCUGGCUCUGCUGAUGGAGAACGACAGUCUGACGUCCCUGUUUUAUGGAGAAGCCAGUGAGAAGGAGAAGACUCCCUCCGAGUCCAGCCCAUCUGACUCUGAGACCAAGGACCCGGGCUUCUGCUCGUGGCUCUCAUCUCUUUACCAUAUGAAGGACGAGGAGAUCCGCAGCAAAUGUGGCAUCGAUGCCGUCACAUACCUGUCCUUCCAGCGCCACAUCAUCCUGCUCAUGACCGUAGUGUGCUUGCUGUCUUUGGCCGUAAUCCUGCCGGUCAACUUUUCCGGGAACCUCCUGGGAGACAGUCCUGAAAACUUUGGAAGAACGACACUGGCUAAUGUCGGUGCAAAGAACAGCUUCCUGUGGCUCCACAGCAUCCUCGCUCUGGUUUACUUCAUCAUCACGUCGCUGUGCAUGGUUCAUCACUCGAUAAGGCUGGAGUACAGAGAAGACGAGAAGGUAGCCAGGACACUGAUGAUCACCUCUAUACCCAGAGAGAUCUCUGACCCAGGACUCAUCACCAAACAUUUACAUGAGGCCUACCCCAGCUGCACUGUCACCGACAUCCGCUUCUGCUUGGACAUCCACAAGCUGAUGAGACUGGACCUUGAGAGGCGUAAAGCGAUGAAGGGAAGGGUGUAUUUUGCCACCAAAGCCCAAAAGGAGGGAAAGAUCAUGAUCAAGACUCAUCCGUGUGCUCAGAUAUUCUGCUGCGACAUCUGCGGCUUUGAAAAGGUGGAUGCAGAGCAGUACUACAGUGAAUUGGAAGAAAAGCGGACGGACGAGUUCAACGCCGAGAAGAAUCGCAUCUCCUUGAAGCGGCUGGGCAUCGCCUUUGUGACUUUUCGUGAUGAGAGGAUGACGGCUGUGAUUGUGAAGGACUACAGUCGUGUGCACUGCCGCCGCAGACCCCAGCAGUCCAGCAUCACCACGGUGGUGCAGUCUCACCAAUGGGGGGUCGGCUAUGCACCCGCUCCCAGUGACAUCAUCUGGGAGAACCUGUCGGUGUGUGGAUCUCGCUGGUGGCUCCGCUGCGUCCUCCUCAACAUCCUCCUCUUCCUGCUGCUCUUCUUCCUCACCACUCCCGCCAUCAUCGUCAACACCAUGGACAAGUUCAACGUCACCAAGCCCGUGGAGAGCCUGCAGAGCCCUGUCAUUACCCAGUUCUUCCCGACCCUCCUGCUGUGGGCGUUCUCGGUGCUCCUGCCCUUCAUCGUCUACUACUCAGCCUUCUUUGAGUCCCACUGGACCAGAUCUGGUGAGAACCAAGUGACGAUGCACAAGUGCUUCUUACUGCUGGUCUUCAUGGUCAUCAUACUUCCCUCGCUCGGUCUGUCCAGUCUGGACCUGUUCUUCACCUGGCUCUUUGAUGUCAACUUCCUGAACGAGAAGGAAGUCAAAUUCCAGUGUGUGUUCCUUCCCGACAACGGUGCGUUCUUUGUAAAUUACGUGAUCACGUCCAGCCUGAUUGGCACGUCCAUGGAGCUGCUCCGUAUCCCGGCACUGACGGUGUACGCCGUCCGCCUCUGCUUCGCUAAGUCCCAGGCCGAGCGGAUUCACGUCAAGCGGAGUCAGGCCUAUGAGUUCCAGUUUGGCCUGGAGUACGCCUGGACCAUGUGCAUCUUUGCUGUCACCAUGACUUACAGCAUCACAUGUCCCAUCAUCACGCCUUUUGGUUUGCUCUACGUGAUCCUGAAGCACAUGGUCGACCGGUACAACAUCUACUAUGCAUACGUUCCCACCAAGCUCAGCCAGCGGAUCCACAGAGCCGCCAUCAACCAGGUCGUCUUGGCCCCUCUCCUCUGCAUGUUCUGGCUGCUCUUCUUCUCUGUGCUCAAAUUAGGUGCAGUGCAUCCCAUCACCCUCUUCACCUUCGCGUCCCUGCUCUCCUGCAUCGUCUUCUCUCUCUUCCGCUUGUGCCUUAGGAAGCGACCGGACAAGUCAAUGAGCUACCAGAUGUCUGAUCAGCCAACAGAGGGGACGUUCACUGACGCAGACAGGAGCACUGGGACAUCCACCACGGCCUCCAAUCUGUUUGUGGCGUCUGUGCUACUGGAGCCAGAGCUGGCUUUGACUCCGAUGCCCUCCCCGGCCCACCACGGCUACGGUGCCAUGGCCAGCGCACAGGGUUCAAACCACAACCCAGCGGAGGAAGAGGAGAGCGAGGAAGACCAUACCCAGACCCAUGAGACUGAGAUCCAAGACCCUCCAGAAUCUUACUGCUCCAGCCCGCUCAUGGACAGCCCUGUGGGCUACCAGUAACAACAAACCCCUCCAGCUGAUUUCCAUGUGUCCUUCGCCUGGGGAACACGGAUUGCUUAAUGUCGCAAUGCUACGUUUUUGCCUCUGACCUCAGACUCUAACUUAGCUGUCUCACCACCCUGAGAUUAAAAUGAUGAGGAACCUGGAGAGGAAAGGAGCGUAAGAAUACAGGAGCAGGAUUCAAAUUAACAUCAUCAUAAAUGUACGUUUCUAACUGACAUGACGACCACACAUCAAUCUUGGUUAAACAUCUUUAAUGUGCUUCUGUGGCUUCGCGUGCAAUUUAAACGUAAUGAAAGCGACUGAGGUGGAACGGCCCAUAUCAGAGAUCAGAGAUGCGGUGCCACUUCACGAGCGGGGGUGAAAGUUCCCGGCAGAGUGGGUGGUGUGAGCAGGCCCGCCCCCGCAGACUGACACAGUGGUCCGGGCGCGGGUGAUAUCUGGUUCCUCGGCAGCAGAGCUCGGGGAGGCUGAGGGUGAGGGCAGCGAGUUGUGAAGCCAUCUGCAGCGAGAGAGCCGACAGACGGAGGGCCGAAUGUAAUUCAGAGAUGCACUGUAAUAAAUGUAGACCCUCUCAGCGGAGGCCCAAGCAGCUUGACUGAACCUGAAGCUUUGUUUUAACCAUCAUCAACUUCAGGUUGCUAUUUUUGCUAUUGUAUUUUUGGUGUCAUUGAUGUUCCGUUUGCGAGCGGGGGAAGCACUUGAGCGCGAGCAGGGAUUUGCAAAGUCGCUUCAACUUAAUCAGAGUAUUCCCUAAUUAUGCUGUCUUGAAUGUGUAUAUGAUACAAGUGUACCUUUAUUUAUUUAUUUAAUUGAAAUGAAAAGUUAUUAUUGAGCUAAUUUGGUUUCUUGCUGAGUGUACGGUGAUAAGAUUGGUCAGAGUUGGUGGAGCUAAAAGAAAAUCUAUCUAAUGCCGUCAUAUUAAAUAUAACAUUCAAUUUGGUCUUUAGGGAAAUUAAAUGAAUUAAUUAAUUAACGAAUGAAUGAGAUUAAAUCUUUUCUACACUAGAAUCAGUGGGUGUUUCAGCUUGCACCCAAUGUUAUCCACAUUAAGUACAACUUUUUUUGCAUCAGAUGGACUAGACGGAAAUACACUGAAUGUUCGAAAGUUAAAUCAAAUAUUAUAAAAAAAAAAAAAAAUUAGAUUAGUGCCGAGUGGCACUCAAAGACCAUGUAUGUAUCUUCGUCAAGGUGCAACAGACAUUUAAAUUCAUUUGAUUCUAAAUAUGUCUGAUACAUAUAUUUUUUUCAAGGAAUCAACGAAAAAGUUGAAAAACGCCCUAUUAAGCAAGUUUAAUAAAGGCCCCCUGGUCCGGAUCUUCUCAAAAUGUAAAAAAAUGUAUUCUGGAAGUGUUCGUGUCAUUCUUCUAGCUAACAGAAAAACUAAGUAAGCACCCCAACCCACUUAUGUCUGUACUAUAAUUUCAUUAUUUUGUGGAAUAAUUUGGAGUUGUAAUAAUCAGCAUAGUAAAAUAUUGAGUUUUUUUUUUAUGUAACUUAUUUGUAGGAAGAGUCAAAUACUUGUUUGUCUAAACAUUGAUUGUGCUAAUUGUUUUUAAUUUUAAUUUAUUGUUUGUGUUGUUAUUGCUUUCUUGGAUAUGACUUGUUCAUUGUAAUUUCCUCCCAAAUAUUUCCCGUUGGCCAUCACUGACUAACCUGCAGACUACAGCUUUGUAUUCGACAGAUAGAGUAGACGAGAGUCGUCUCAUCUAACUCUCAGCAAGAAAGAAAAGCAAGACUCAAAAUUUAGAAGCACACUAUGGAUUGAAAAUAGGCCGUGGAGCCGACUCAUCGAAUUCAUCCAUUUUAUAAGUUACAUGAAAUGAUAAAUGUGACUUUAAAGGUACCAACCCCUGUAAAAAAAACUAUUUUUAAGUAUCUUGUUACCAUGAUGGCUCAAGUUUAUUUAUCCUAAAAUGUCCCAACUACAAAUAGUAAAACCUAACAAUACAGCCCCUUGAUGUCAGUUGUCUCUAUUCUGUGUGACACUCCACUGCAUGUAAACUGUGUUCUUAUAGGUAUGCAUCGACAGUCGCGUAUCACAUGAGUUGCCGUCAGCCUGUGUGUUUGCAGGUUUUUAUCUUGGGGUUGUUUUUGUUUUGUCAUGGUGGGGGUGAAAGGUUUUCUCAUAGACCUGAAUGUAAAUUUUCUUUUCUUGUCUCUUGCUGUGCCUUGAAGAAAAACUCCCUUUCGUGUGACAAUCCAGCAUGGCCUGAAAUAUGCUGCAUGGACUGAAAACUAAAGAGCGGAGGAGACGACCAAGACAUAAAAACUCAAAAACCCAGAGUCGUGAUGCUCAUUCUCACUUACAGUCAAUGGGUACUUCAUUUUUAUUUAUUUGACAGCAGUGAACUCAUUCCACUUCGACAUAAACAAAAGAAUCUUCACCCAUGAGCUGCUUUGGAGCUUUUUUCCGCAGAUUUCGAUGAUAUCACAUGGUCUUCAUCAGUGGAUUAGUUUGCUAAUUAGUCAUUUAACUUUGUUGUUCAGACUUUCAAUUUUGAAACUUGGCAACAUGUUGGUGAAACAGUCUCUCCACUCAAGAUCCACUUACUUGCUUUUUCUGAAACCUUCAAGAAAGAAUAAUAUAUUUAGAGUUUUAUGCAAAAAUAUGUAGGAAGGUGUGAUUAAGAUGCUUAGUAGAGUGGAAAGUUCAAAAGUCCUUUGGCAACUCAACAAAUUUUAGCCUUUGAUGAAGACCAUGUAACCUAGCUGAAAGCUCUGGAAGAAAAUCAGUAGAUCUUGGACAGAGACUUCUUUCAUCUGCUGUGUCCAAGGUCCUUAUAAACUUUAUAAAUAGACUUUAAGCUCAACAAUAAGCUAACUUACUGUGUCUCCACAUCAGAGCAGGUUGCUCUCUUUCUUUUAAGAUGUUUUUGUAUUGUGUCCUUGUUGGUGCCUUGGUGUUUUCAAUCAGCUGCGGUUUUCUCUUUGGCAUAUGGAUCAUUGUAUGAUGUAUGAGCAAGCUCUUCGUCAAAGAUAAAAAAAAAAAAAAAAAGGAGUUUAUCAAUUGCUAUUCCAUUGUCUUAUUUCUUUCAAUGUGUUCUAGAUCAGUUCCCAUUAGAACAGCUGAAUGGUCUGGAUUGUGGAUUUAAAGGGGAAUUCUGGUAUUUUGCAGACUGGGCCCUCUGUUUGUAAAAUUGGGUGUGAGGCUACAAUGUAAGCUUAUGGGGCAACUACGACAGUCCACCAAAUCUCCAAUAAAUGUACUUCUAUCAUCAGUAAAAGGCUCAAAUUGUUAGUCUGCGUCUUUGCUCAGAACUCUGCAACAUUUAUUGGUGAAAAAAAUUGUCCCCUUAAGAUUAUAUUUUAGCCACUUUUGCCAAUGUCACAGCUGCUGGCACAGGUGAACUUCUUCAUUAACACACCCAUAAUUAUAUAUGUAUAGGCUCCUGGGUUGAAAAAUACCAAAAUUCCCCUUUUAGUUAAUUUAAUGACUUCAGCAUUACUCAUAUAAAUCAAAUGCUUGUGAUGUGAUGUUUUCUACUUUCAUAAGAUUGAUGACAUAUUAUUUCAUGAAAUGUAUUUGCUCUGUUUUAUGAGGAAACUAACUGUAGCUCCUCAUUCUGUAUGAAGCAGAUGAAAGCUGGCAGCAGAGAGUGUAGAAUGUGGUCAGUAUCAUGAAGUAAAAUCUGUUUGAAAAGAAAACACAUCAAAGAGCUUCUCCUGUGGGUUUCUCCUCCAGAAGCUUGUUUCACAGAUCAUUAAACACACUAUCCUUUGAAAGAAAAACACAACAUAAAACGUAUUAGUGUAUUCUUGGCUCUAAUGCCCCAUGCAGGAGGUUUGUUCAUUAUCAUGCUUAACUAGUUUUAUUGUAUCCUAUCCUGUCAUGUCUAUUCAUGCUCUGCGGGCUCGGCCAUCCAAGGUCUUUUGGGGCUAUAGCUUUCCAGAUGUGUUCAUGUCUCUGGGUUAUAAAAUGUGUGUCUCAUAAGUACGUGAUUUCAAAUCUGAGCCUGCUGUAAAUGUGGGUUGUUAGAUCCCCAGGAGGUUUGAGGCUGAGCGACGCGCUGCCUUUGAGAGUGAUCUCUGUCAGUCUGACAAGUCUUCAUCUGUCAAAGUGAAGUUCUGUGAUCUGAAAUUAAAAUGAGUUCAU